UUCGCUGUAAUGAUGUUUCCCUGCUGUGUCCAGUGUCAAGUCUUUAAAGUGGGCAUCGUCGGGCCCUGGAACUGUGACCCCAUCUAUGCAAAAGCCCUACCGGGACUAGCAGCUCAGCUUGCAGUAAGCAGGGUAAAGAAAGACCUAAGCCUAGAUUUAGGGUAUGACCUUGACUCUGUGAUUCUCCAUGAGCCGUGCGAGACCGCAAAAGCGCUGACUGCGUUUGUACAGUACAACAGCGUCGUCCAUGCGAUCGCAGGGCCCACCAGCCCCGGCUAUUGUGAUGCGGCCGCACUUUUGGGUAAACACUGGAACAAGGCCAUAUUUUCUUGGGCUUGCAUUAAUUAUGAGCUGGACCGGCUCCAAGUUUACCCGACGUUUGCUCGGACUUUACCGUCACCUACCCGGGUCCUUUUCGCCGUCCUGAAGCACUUCGGAUGGGCCAACGUCGGAAUCGUCUCAGCUGUGGACGACAUGUGGGUGGACACCGCCAGUAAACUGGCCAGCUCUCUUAGAAGCCGGGGGCUUCCUGUUGGGAUAGUGUCCGCAGUCGGAGACAACUCCACCGAGACCGAAAUGGCCCUGAGGAAAAUCCAAGCGGCCGGAGCGAUCAAAGUUGUUGUCAUGUGCAUGCACUCGGUGUUGAUUGGCGGGGAGCUGCAGGCCUCGUUCUUGCUGAAGGCCCAGGAGAUGGGUCUCACGAGGGGGAGGUACGUCUUUGUGCCGUACGACACCUUGCUGUACAGCCUCCCCUACAGCAACACCUCGUAUGCGCCGCUGCAGAACAACACCAAGCUGCGUGAAGCCUACGACGCAGUGCUAACGGUCACUGUAGCGUCGGAGCUAAUGUCCUUCAACGAGGCACUCCUGGUGGCCGGCCGCUUGGGCCAGGUCACCCUACCACAGCAGCCGCAGCAGGUUUCCCCAUUUUUCGGAACAAUCUACAACAGUAUUUACCUCAUUGCCAAAGUCCUGCACAAUGUCCGGAAAGCAGGGGAGUGGCUGUCCGGGACGAGCCUGGCCUUCUUCACUAGGAAUAUUACAUUCAUGGGCUUCAACCAGUACAUUCAGAUAGACAGCGAUGGAGAUGGGGUCACCGGCUACGUGGUCCUGGACACGGAUGGGCAGAGCACUGAGCUCUACUCCACCUACCUGGUGGACCUGCGGGGAAACAUGCUGACCUUUACUGGCAGAGCCAUCAACUUCCCAGGAGGCUCCCCACCGUCUAAGGACUCCAGCUGCUGGUUUAACCCAGACACCAUCUGCACAGCAGGUGUGGAUAUGACUUAUGCCAUUGUGGUCUCUGUGGCUGUCUUCAUUCUCGCCAUCGGCGGCAUGGGCUUAUCUUUAUUUAUAAGGAAACGAAUACAGCAGAUUCAGCUGGUGAAAGGGCCCAAUCGAAUCCUCCUGACAAUAGAGGACCUUACCUUCAUCAACCCCCAGCUCAGCAGCAAGGCAAGUGCUUCCAUACGCCAUAGACAGCAAGAAAACUCUUUUGACUCAAAAAGUGUCAUGGAGAGUAUGAAGUCCGGGGACAGGUCUCAUUCUGUACACAGCACGACAGCAGCAACUCACGAAACGACCAAUGUCGCUGUGUAUGAGGGUGACUGGGUCUGGCUGAAAAAGUUUGAGGAGGGACAGUUCAAGGAAGUCAAGACAAGCACAACAAAGAUCUUCAGAAAGAUGAAGGAUCUCCGCAAUGAGAACGUUAACCCAUUUCUGGGCUUCUUCGCGGACUGCAGCAUGUUUGCCGUAGUGACAGAGCACUGUUCCCGCGGCAGUCUGCAGGACCUCCUUCGUAAUGAUGAUGUCAAGCUGGACUGGAUGUUCAAAUCCUCUCUCCUCUUGGAUCUCAUUAAGGGCAUGAAGUACCUGCACCACAGAGAGUUGGUCCAUGGGAGGCUGAAAUCGCGAAACUGUGUGGUGGACGGUCGUUUCGUGCUGAAAAUUACAGACUAUGGAUAUAAUGAGCUCCUGGAGUCCCCAAAGGCCCCAAAGAAGGAGCCUGCAGCUGAAGAUCUAUUUUGGACCGCGCCGGAGCUCCUUAGAGACCUGGAAAUGUCUCGGAAGGGGACGUACAAAGGGGACGUAUAUGCCUUUUCCAUAAUACUCCAGGAAGUUGUUGUUCGAGGAGCUCCUUACUGCAUGUUGGGUCUGAGCCCCGAAGAGAUCAUUAGGAAGGUGAAGAAACCACCCCCAAUGUGUCGGCCGACCGUGUCCCCUGACCAGGCACCCCUAGAGUGCAUCCAGUUGAUGAAGCAGUGCUGGAGCGAGCAGCCUGACCGGAGGCCAGCAUUUGAAGAAAUAUUCAACCAGUUCAAGAUAAUUAAUAAGGGCAAGAAGACCAACAUCAUUGACUCUAUGCUGCGCAUGCUGGAGCAGUACUCCAGCAACCUAGAAGACUUAAUCAGGGAGAGGACCGAGGAACUGGAGGUGGAGAAACAUAGGACUGAGAAGCUUCUUGCUGAGAUGCUACCACCAUCUGUUGCAGAAGCUUUGAAGACAGGGGGCACUGUGGAGCCUGAGUACUUUGACCAGGUCACCAUUUACUUCAGCGACAUUGUGGGCUUUACCACCAUUUCCUCCCUCAGCGACCCGAUUGAGGUGGUUGACCUCCUCAAUGACUUAUACACUCUAUUUGAUGCUGUGCUGUCCAACCAUGACGUCUACAAGGUGGAGACCAUUGGCGAUGCCUACAUGGUGGCCUCAGGUCUGCCGAAGAAGAACGGCAACAAGCACGCAGCAGAGAUCGCUAACAUGUCCCUGAACAUCCUGAGCUCUGUGGGCUCCUUUAAGAUGCGCCACAUGCCUGAGGUGCCCGUCAGGAUACGCAUUGGCAUCCACUCAGGUCCCUGCGUAGCUGGUGUGGUGGGCUUAACCAUGCCUCGGUACUGCCUUUUCGGGGACACCGUGAACACUGCCUCUCGUAUGGAAUCCACCAGCUUGCCUUACAGAAUUCACGUAAAUAUAAGCACAGUGAAUAUUCUGCAAACUCUGAAUGAGGGCUACAAGAUAGAGCUCAGGGGAAAAACAGAGCUGAAGGGCAAAGGCAUUGAAGAGACAUACUGGCUUGUGGGAAAAUCCAGCUUCUCAAAGCCACUGCCAAAACCACCAGAAAUAAAACCAGGGGAAAACAAUCACGGCCUGCUGCCAGAGGAUAUAGCUAAGUACAAAGAAAGGAAAGCAGACCAAAAGCAGUGAUGCUAUGAGUGGGCAAAGACAGGACAACUGGCAGGAAAUGGUGACAGAGGAAAUCAAAUCCCUGUUCCGGAAGGCCAACCGGCAAGUAGACAAGCCCAAAAUUUGAG